ACCAAGGCUAGAAGCGACUGAGUGGAGCCCAGAGUCACCUGUGGGCCCUGGAAGGCGGUGCUCAGAGCCUGCAAUUGGUGAGGUCACAAUGUUGCCAGGGCCCAGGGGGGGCAGGGCAGACGGAGUGUGGGCCAUGGUCCCCAGUGGUGACCAGCCCUGCCAUGGGAAACUAUAGUUCCCACAAAAGGACCAAAGCACCCAAGCAGGACCGCAAGGAGAGGCCGGCUGACAUGGACAAGGCCUGGUGGAAACCGUUCCUCAACCACCUCACUCGGAAGAAGCCAGCUACCAGGAUCGUGCUGAUUCUCCCCCUGGACAGGCGGCAGCCGCUGGCAAACGCUGGGCGACGGAUUGACUACGCGCCGGGCGCCGGGCUGGGCUCCCCGGCGGCACCCAGGUUGCGCGGAGCGGGCGAAGGCAGUGAGCUCGAGCCGGAGAUGCCAGUACUGCUGCUGCUGCGGCGGCAAGAGGCGCGGCGGCCGGAAGAGGGCGGAACCGGAGUAAGGGGCGGGGCCAGGGCAGCGCUGAGCUGGCCGCGGCUGCUCUCGCGCUUCCGGUCCCCGGGGAAGGCUCCCCACGAAGCCGGCCCCGCCGAGAAGCAGCCGCGCAAACGGUGCCGCUGCCCUCGCCCGCGGCUUUAAACGCUUGGCCCGGACCCCGCCCAAUAAAGAGUGCGUGGCAACCCUGCCGCCUGCGAGCCCUGUCGGAGGCGUCUGGGCGCGGAAUCGGGGUGGGCAAAGCUCAGUCUAGGAGCCGCACAGGGGUGAACGGGGCCUAAUGAAGGCAGAGCCAUCGCCACGGUCUGGAGCCAGGGCUGUCUUUUGCUUUCUCCUUCCUUGUGCCAAGGGUCAGAACAGAACCCCAAACCUUGCUACAGUGGUGGGAGGCAGUUUCCUUCCCCCAACACUCCAAACCCAGGUCACAUCCUGCCCAGUCUGCAGGCUCAAGGGAGGUGGGGUAGGGCAAACCCAGGGACCUGCUUCCGGCAAAGCCUGACAUCCCCCCAGCAUCCAGAAAUCCCUCUUAGGCAUGAGGGAGGGUCCCAGGCCAACAGGCACCAUCCUGGAUAAGAACAGCCAGGACAGCAGCAGUCAGCUGGGGCAAGGCCUGAGACGUGGAUUCUGCCUGUGGACGCACCCAGAAGCUGGAAGCCCUGGGCCUCUGGCCCCUCACUCCUACACAUUGUGCUUGGUAACCCCAAAGCACUCAGGCCCCCCAGUCUUCCCCAAGGCACCUCUGUCUCCCAACCUACCCUGUCCCAUCUCCUUCCCCACGUGACAAAGACUUCUUCCAAACCACUCACCUGUCUAGGGCAGCACACUCCCCUGCUCAUAAGCUUUCAGUAGGUCUCCAUUACCAACAGGGAAAAAGCCCACAGCCUCAGUCUCACUCCCCAAAUCAUUUAGAAGAACCCCUGCCACACUUACUGUGGGCGGGAUCCUGCUGCUGCCUCUCCUCACUCUCCCGGGUCCCAAAUCCAGCUCCACACCCAAUGCCACCCCUGGCCUGCCAAACCUGCAGCCUGCCUUCCUGCCACACUCUGGUGACCAACCUCAGGAUGCUUCUUUUGGGGGCAGAUGCAGCAGGACUGAAGUCCCAGCUCACUAGAGCCACCAGCCCAGCUUCUGCUGAAGAUGCACUUUUGUCACUGUCACCAUGAUGAACAUCUCCUCCACCUUGCCUGCACCAGGCUGGAGGCUGCAAGACCUAUAACAUCACUCCUGCUAAUUGUGAAAACUGACUCUUCCCUACCAUCCACGUGGUUACAAUCAGGGUAACCAUGUUCUUCCAUGGGGCUGCACCUCCUGCCCAUACAAUGAUUGGCCCAAGCUGGUCCUGUCAGCCCCUCCCGCUAGGAUUGUGAUUCAGGAGCUAUAAGAGACCAUGUUCUCUACUUAAACAUGCACAGGCUAAGCCAACCUUCAGAAUAAAAACACAAUGCAGGCCAAGCACGGUGGCUCACACCCGUAAACUCAGCACUUUGGGAGGCUGAGGCAGGCAGAUCAUGAGGUCAGGAGAUCGAGACCAUCCUAGCCACACAGUGAAACCCUGUCUCUACUAAAAAUACAAAAAACUAGCCGGGCAUGGUGGUGGGUGCCUGUAGUCCCAGCUACUCAGGAGACUAAGGCAGGAGAAUUGAACCCAGGAGGCAGAGGUUGCAGUGAGCUGAGAUCGUGCCACUGCACUCCAGCCUGGGCAACAGAGCGAGACUCCGUCUCAAAAAACAAGUAAACAAAACAACACAAUGCAGUGCACAUCCUGGGUUCCCCACAGCCCCGCAGUCAGAUUGUUCCUGAAACCUGAUUUCACCCUUGCUCUUGAUAUCCAUAACAUGUAAGAUCCUUGUAAUAAAGUCCUUGUAAUAAAGUCCUUAUUUUGGCUUACAUUCA